AUGGAAGAGCUCUCACCAGUAGAAGGCGAGAGCCAACUCCCAAGCCCCCACCACCAGGGCUCUCUGAGGAAGGCUGUGGCUGCUGCCUUGGCCCUGGAUGGGGAAUCCACAAUGGGUCGCAGGAAAAAGAAGAGGAAAGAGUCCCGCCCCGAAUCUAUCAUCAUAUACCGGUCAGAAAAUGAGAAACUGGAUGAGGAGCCCGGGGAAUCUGAAGGUGGAGACCGGCCUAAAGAAGAGGAGGGGGAUGAUUUUCUAGACUAUCCUGCAGAUGAUGGGAUAUGGAACUUGCCUUUGGACAGCCGCUAUGUCACAUUAACUGGGACCAUCACACGAGGGAAGAAAAAGGGCCAGAUGGUGGACAUCCAUGUCACACUGACAGAGAAGGAGCUGCAAGAGUUGACCAAGCCUAAAGGAUCAUCAAGGGAGAUAACCCCUGAAGACAGAAAGGCCUGCCAAAUGGGAGCAGACCGUGGGCCCCAUGUGGUCCUCUGGACGCUGGUCUGUCUGCCUGUGGUCUUUAUCCUCUCUUUUGUUGUCUCUUUCUACUAUGGCACUAUCACCUGGUACAACAUCUUCCUUGUGUACAACGAGGAGAGGACCUUCUGGCACAAGAUCUCAUGUUGCCCCUGCCUCAUUCUCUUCUAUCCAGUGCUCAUCAUGGCCAUGGCCUCUUCCCUGGGUCUCUAUGCUGCAGUGGUCCAGCUCUCAUGGUCCUGGGGAGCAUGGUGGCAAGCUGCCCGGGACAUGGAGAAAGGCUUCUGUGGCUGGCUCUGCAGCAAGCUAGGUCUGGAGGACUGUUCUCCCUACAGCAUUGUAGAGUUGCUUGAAUCUGACAAUAUCUCAGGCAAUCUCUCCAACAAGGACCCCACCCAGGAAGUAGAAACUUCCACUGUCUAA